AUGCUGACGCCAACCAAACAAAGCAUGUGGUUGAUGUACUUCGUCCAAGCCCUGCAGUCGAGUCUCACGGCCAACCUAUCGGCCUACAUCACCAGUGACUUUGAGGGCCACUCGCUGCUCACGGUCAUCGGCAUCGUGACGAACAUUAUGGGCGCGGCGUGUACGAUGCCGGUGGCUAAGAUUCUGAACUUGUGGAAUCGGACCGUCGGCGUGGUGGUUAUGUUGUUGAUUUCGAUUAUCGGGUUGAUUCUGAUGGCCGGGUGUCAUGAUAUUGCGACGUAUUGUGCUGCGCAGGUGAGUUUUCGCUGUCCGUCUCAAGUCUAA